AUGCUUUCGUUCUGCCCUUCGUGUAACAAUUUGUUGCUAAUAACGAGUGGAGAUAGUGGUGUAUAUACAUUAGAAUGCCGUUCAUGCCCCUAUGAGUUUCCUAUAGAAGGCAUAGAGAUAUACGAUAGAAAGAAGCUACCAAGAAAGGAAGUUGAUGAUGUUCUUGGUGGCGGUUGGGACAAUGUGGAUCAAACCAAAACCCAAUGCCCCAAUUACGAUACUUGUGGUGGUGAAAGUGCUUAUUUCUUUCAGUUGCAAAUCAGAUCUGCAGAUGAGCCGAUGACCACGUUUUAUAAAUGCGUAAACUGUGGUAAUAGAUGGAAAGAAAACUGA